AUGCAGAUCCGUGCCUGCAUUGUCCUGGCUCUGGCCACCAGCGCUUUCGCUGGUUUUGUCGGCACCGCCGGCUAUGGCGUUGGCCUGGCCGCUGCUCCAGCUGUGGCCACCGUUGCCCACGCUGCCCCAGUUGCUACCUAUGCCGCUGCUCCAGCCGUGACUAAGGUUUCCACCACUUAUGCUGCUGCUCCAGCUGUCGCCACUGUAGCUCACGCACCAGUUGCCACCGCAGUCGCUGCCCCAGCCGUCGCCUCCUACGCUGUUGCUCCAGCAGUGACCAGGGUCGCCACUGUCGCCCACGCUGCCCCAGUCGCUACCUACGCUGUUGCUCCAGCUGUGACAGCCGUGCACGCUGCCCCAGUUGUCGCUGCUGCUCCAGCUGUGGCCCAUGUCACCACCUACGCCGCGGCCCCAGCUGUUGCUGCCGUGCACGCUGUCCCAGCUGUUGCCACUACCACCGUCCACCACGUGCCAGCUGUGGCCACCGUUGCCCACGUGGCCCCAGCAGUCGCUGCCUACCAUGCCGCUCCAGUCUACUACGGCUACGGCGUUGGUACCCUCGGCUACGGUGCUGGCCACUACGGCUACGGCCAUGGUCUCCUCGGCUACGGCCUGAACUACGGCUAUGGUCUUGGCACUCCAUUCCACUACGGCGCUCUUCUCCGCAAGAAGUGUGAGUAUGCGGCUGUCAUUGUAAGCUUAGUUAGACUCUGA